AGUGGGCUGACAGUGACACUGACUCAGAAAGAUGUCAACAACUAUUCGGAACAUCUUGGAUUUCUUCGAUAAUAUGAAUAAAAAGUCACAUGACAUAAAAAUGGCGGACUGUCAAAAACUUUGGAAAAAAUUUAAGUUGUUCAUUAUUGUCUAAUAAGUCGUUAACGCUGGCGUUUAUCAACAAUGGAUUUUGUUGCGCAUUGGAAAAACUGGAUAAGGCCAUUGGCCCUUAUGAUUUAUUUUAUUCUUAUGAUGAUAGCCAUUCCACUGUGUGUUGUUGAAGUGUCAAAUAAAACACAAGAGAAACAUAUAAAAGCUUGGUUCACUGGAGGCGUGUUCGUCUUGAUGACAGUUCCCAUAUCCGUCUAUGAAAUAAUUCUUCAUGUUAUUAACUACACUCAACCAAACUUGCAGAAAUACAUUAUCAGAAUAUUAUGGAUGGUGCCAAUUUAUGCCCUAAAUGCAUGGUUUGGUUUACGAUUCAGCGUUGCUGCGAUAUAUCUGGACACGAUACGCGAGUGUUAUGAGGCAUAUGUCAUUUACAACUUCAUGGCCUACUUGCUGAGCUUCCUGUGGACUGUCCAUCCACAGUUGGAGAUAGCUCUCAGCAAGACCAAACAACAGAAACACAUAUUCCCAUUCUGUUGCCUACCUGUGUGGCCAAUGGGAAGCAAGAUGUUGCAGAAUGCAAAGCAUGGGGUGUUGCAAUACACAGUGGUGCGACCUAUAACCACCUUCAUUGCCCUUAUUUGUGAAAUCUCUGGGGUAUACCAUGAAGGGGAAUUCAGUCCAAAAAGUGGCUGGCUCUAUGUCACAAUACUGAACAAUGUCUCUCAAAUUUGGGCUAUGUACUGCCUGGUACUGUUCUACAAGGCCACCAAGGAGAUGUUGGCCCCUAUCAAACCCAUCCCAAAGUUCCUCUGUGUCAAGUUUGUUGUCUUCUUUUCAUUCUGGCAGUCAGUGGUUAUUGCAGCUUUUGGCAAGUUUGGUUUGAUACAGGAAUCACUGUUUUAUGAUAACGAUGUGAACCAACUUGCAGCUGCCAUGCAGGAUUUCUGCAUCUGCAUUGAGAUGUUUAUAGCAGCCAUCAUGCACUACUUUGCAUUCUCACACGAGCCUUUUGUGAACACGGCGGCACCACAAGGUAACUGUUGUCAAUCAUUUGCAUCAAUGUGGGAUGUUGGAGAUGUCAAGGACGAUGUGUUGGAGCAUGUGAAGGUUGUAACCACGACGAUGAAAAAGACUGUGAGUGCACCAUUCCUCCGGCGUAAAAAUGAGCCAGGAAACGAAAAAACGCCUUUGCUCCAGUCACGUCUAAGUCAGAAUGAUGAAGAUCGUUCUAUAAAUCAAAUAACUGAGGCUGAAAUCAACCAUAAAAGUUAUCAGGGUCAAACUGACACAGAAAGUUUAGCGCCUGAACUUGAUAUUACCAGUCUGGACAGAUGGCAGUCCAAGUCAGCAAAAAGCUCAAAAUCUGUGUCAUCAAGCAUGCAUAAUUUCUAUGAAUCAAGCAGCGUAGAUGUCAGGUCUCUGCAAUCCGAUACCAUAGAGCAUCUGGGUGACUCUGCUCACAGAACAAUUUCAGAAUCUGCAGAGCAGUCAGGGGACAUUGAUGAUAACACAGAGCUGCCAAGAGAUAUAGAUCAAGGAAGGGCAAAUCAAGGUGACACUGCACUGAUUGUUGGAACACCUAAAGUGUCUAUACAGUCUGGUGAUGCUUCGUUGAGGAAUGAAAGUGAAGGCAAUUAUUCAGGGAUAAGUGAAAUUGUAUAAUUAAUAACCAUUAUAAUAAGGGAUGUUAAAGAUAGGUAUUCUAUUGUUUGGUUUGUCUUCUGACUUAUUAAAUAAUAUUAGAAUUUAUUCCGAGAAGAGAGCGAUGCUUUUUUUACAUGUAAACUUGUAGAUCUCUCUUGAAAAGAGAAAACUUACUUGAUACUGCCAUUGGUUGGGCGUUAUUAUUUUAAGUGUGGCCAAAACGUUUCCUUAUUUUAUUAAUUCUAUUUUAAAAAUAUAAUUUUAUCCCACCCAAAUUAAGAUUCAGUUAUUCCUUUCUGCUUAAACAUCCCUUAUUAUAAUGAUUAUGCAAACUCAACUUAACUGUUCCCUUGUAUACAUUUAAAGUUCUCUGCAUCUGCUCAUUUAUUGCUGCUGUAAAUGGAAAUCUUCAAAUCAAAAUACUCCAAGUUGAUUAGCUAAUGUGGAAUGAUACGUUGCACACACAAAUAAAGCUCGGGUUUGCCAGAGGCUGGUAAAUUUUAUACUUCAUUUAGACUGCGCUGAGCUUAUUAGUGUUAUUUCGUACCAGAUAUUGAGAUGCUAUAGAUUUUUUAAACAGUAUAAUAUCAAAAUAUAACAAUUAGAAAUAAAUUCAAUCUAGGUUGUGAUGAAUAAAAUGUUGAUCACAAGUUUUAAACAUGUUGUACUGAUACCAAAAAUUUUAAUCAAAGAGAGUGUAUUUCAUAGUCUCAUAGUCGGCAAACUAAACAGGCGACAAGUUUUAAUUUUCUAGAAUUGUGUGGAAAUGCAACUUGGGUUUAUGAUAUGUUAGAUGCUGCCUGUGCUACAAAAUUGUUGCAAUAUCUGCAAUAUUUCAGUAUUGAAUGCCUGAAAGUGGCCCAUUGCUUUUUAGCUCACCUGAGCACAAUUUGCUCAUGGUGAGCUUUUGUGAUCGCCUUUUGUCCGUUGUCAACAUUUGCCUUGUUCACACUCUAGAGGCCACAUGUAUUGUCCAAUCUUCAUGAAAUAUGAUCAAAAGAUUGGUCUCAAUAAUAUCUUGGAUGAGUUUGAAAAUGGUUACGUUCGCUUGAAAAACAUGGCUGGGCAUUUUUCCUGUAGGAAAUGGCUAUAUAUGGCUAUGGUAAAACCUUGUUAACACCCAAGAGGCCACAUUUAUUUCCAAUCUUCAUGAAACUUGGUCAGAAUAUUCUUUCCAAUAAUAUCUUGGACGAGUUCGAAAAUGAUGCCAGUUGGUUGAAAAACAUGGCCGCCAGGGGCGGGGCAUUUUUCCUUUUAUGGCAUUGUAAAACCUUGUUAACACUCUAGAAGCCAUAUAUAUUGUCCAAUCAUCAUGAAACAUGGUCAGAAGAUUUGUCCCAAUGAUAUCUUGGACAAGUUCCAAAAUGGUUCCGGUUGCUUUAAAAACAUGGCCACCAGGGGGUGGGGCAUUUUUACUAAUAUUGCUAAAUAUGGCUUUAGUAAAACCUUGUUAACACUCUAGAGGCCACAUUUAUUGCCCGAUCUUCAUAAAACUUGGUCAUUAGAUUUGUCCUAAUGAUAUCCUGAAUGAGUUUGAAAAUGGUUUCGGUUGGUUGAAAAACAUGGCCACCAAGGGGGCGGGGCAUUUUUCCUUAUAUAACUAUAGUAAAACGUUGUUAGCACACUAGGGGCCACAUUUAUUGUCCAAUCAUCAUGAAACUUGGUCAGAUUUGUCCCAAUGAUAUCUUUGAUAAGAUUGAAAAUGAUUCCGGUUGCUUGAAAAGCAUGGCAACCAGGAGGCGGGGCAUUUUUCCUUCUAUGGCUAUAUAUGGCUUUUGUAAAACCUGGUUAACACUUUAGAGGCCAAUUUAUUGUUUGAUCUUCAUGAAACUUGGUCACAAGAAUCGCCCCAAUGAUAUCUUAGAUGUGUUCAAAAAUUGUUCCAGUUAGGUGAAAAACAUGGCCACCAGGGGGAGGGUCAUUUUUCCUUAUAUUGCUAUCAUAAAAACUUGUUAACCCUCUUUAUGUCACAUUUAUUGUCCAAUCUUCAUGAAACUUAGUCAGAAUAUUUGUUUUAAUGACAUUUUGGAUGUGUACAAAAAUGUAUCCGGUCUGUUGACAAACGUGGCCGCCAGGGUGUUCACUAAGAAAGUUGGUUAGAACAUUUGUUCUAAUGACAUCUUUGGCUGCACAAAACAGGUAAGUACCUUUGAAUCUCCGGUGAGCAAACUUUUGGCUUUUCAGGCCCUCUUGUAAAUUUUCCCACAUAAAAUCUUAACUUGAGAUUUAUUUGUUAAUAACAUAUUUGAAAUGUCAUAACAUCGUGAUAAUGUGGAAUUGUUUAAUAACACAUGGAAAUGGUUUUUACUACCAGUAUGUAACCAUGCUUUUCAUUCUUGCCUUUUCUGAUGACCAAAGUUUGUAAAUGACGGGCUUAAGCUUGUUAAGUAUAUGUACACAUACUUUUUUAAAGCUCACAAGCAGCCAAGUGAUAUAGUAUUGAACUGGAUUGUUCAGAUAUAUUUAUAGAUAUAUAUAUCAUUUUUAUAAAUAUAUUUUUUGUUUAGACAAAAGUAUAACGGUUUUUCAUGAUGCAUUUUACUUCCAUUUUACCAGUAUCUUCAAUUUAUUCCGUGAACAUAGUAAUUGUAUGUCAAAUGUUCAUGAUUAUUAUGGUCACUUAGUGCAUGUCAUGUAUUAUGUAAAUAAUUUAUGGUUAUGUUUAUUUUGAUUGUGUUAAAUUAAAUUAUGUUGGAUGUUUGUUGAAGUUUUCUUUCUAUGUUAUUAAUAGCUUUUAAUUACUUUGACCUGUUGUGUUUUAUGAUGUUUAAAUAACCCACCAAAACGCUCAUAUGUUUAUUCAGGUAUUCAACCAUGAUUUGUUUAAUAUAUUAUUACAUAAUUUAAAGUUUCAAUUUUUAUACAAACAUUUUACUUUUGAAUUAAUAAACAAAAGCAAAAUUA